AUGCAUCAUCAUAAGCGACCUCGAUUAUCUAGUGAAACGUGUGUUGGAACGACUAUCUCUGGACCGCAGGAUGUGGUUGAAAGCGCAGGUGGAGUACUUGGCCUUCAACGGGGCUCAGCUUCAGCGAGGAGCGCUCCAGGCGACGUUGCGUUGAUUGGGCCUAGGGCUGAAGGCUUCGUCGCCAAUGUGGCAAUGAAGCCUGUGGCAACGAAGCCUUCAGCCCCAGGCCCAAUCAACGCAAAGCCGCCUACGCUAAGCACCUCGACAAGCAAAUUUGCCUGUGGAAACGGCGUCAGGCAGCUUCAAGCAGAUCCGGCCUCAGCUGCCCGCCCGUCAGCCACUGCCACUGCCCCAGGCCCUUCUACGACCACCUCUGUCCCUAGAUCAACAGCGCCUCCCUUUCACGGCUCGAAUCCCCAUCAACGGCUAAACCCACAUCAGCAACAACGACAGCGGAACGUAUGGGUACGCCAGGAAGCAGCCCAACAGCAACCACCGUCCACAGCCCAAGCUCCUCCUCUUACCGCACCAGCACCAGCAGCAGAAGAUGCGCAGGCAGCGCUGCAGCGACGACUACAGCGGCAGGGCCGCCUCCCUGCCUCGGCCCCUUCUACUGCCGUUCCCGCAGGCCCUCCACUCCGCCUACCUCAUGCCUCCGGCCUCCCUCAAAGAGCCAAAACAGCGCCCUCCGCAGCCCCAACCCGACCCCAACCCACGCUGCCGACAGGGCUGCCGCACGCUGCUUCUGCUUCUGCUCCGCGGGCCGUAACAGCAACAGCAGCUCCCCAUCAUCAACCCACCCGUCGAGUAUGGGUUCGCCCGCCAGCUGCUCCCACUGCUGCUCCUACUGCGGCUGCUGGUGCUGCAGCUGCGGAAGUCGCAGCCAGGCCGGCAGCCGCAGCCGCGGCGCAAGGAGCGCCAGUAGUCGCAGCCGCCGCAGGGGCGGCUUCCAAGCGAGCGCCGGCUUCAGCUUCCACUGCCAGUGAUACCUCUGCUACCGCCACCGCCAAGUCUGCAGCCACUAGAACCGCUGCCGCUGCCACUGCUGCCACCGCUGCUGCUCCUGCCGCCCCUGGCACCGGCGUCACCGACCUACAUCCGCAUGGGACCCCAGCUACCGGGCCAGACAACGAGGCAGUGUCGCGGGAGGGACCGCGGGGGGCUGCGGCGACCGGUUGUGCGACGCCUGCAGGAGGAGCAGCGGUCGGCAGUAGCUGCUUGUACCUGCGACCCGGUCGCAACAAGCUGGUGAUGAAGCCCGCAGCAGCAGCCGCGGCCACUGCAGCUGUGGCAGUGACGGCUGCAGCGGCUUCGCGUACCGAAGCCUCCGCGCAGCUCCCGUCUGCUCUCCUGGCCAGGACUGAGGUUGUAGCUGAUACCGCCGGCGGCGGCAGUACCGGCGUUGACGCUCCUGGAAGCAGGUCUCAGGUGCCCUCCGGGGCCGUACUUGCGGCGCCACCUCUAGCCUCAGCGCCAGCGGCGGCGGUGGAGCAGAGCGCAGCUGAACCCGCAGGGACAGCAGCCGCAACAUGUGGUGAUCCUGGAGGCGCUGCUGGCGUCACUGGCAAUGCCGGAGCUGUUGUACGAUAUCGUCGUACGGGCAUGCGAUUGGUUCGCACCCGCUCCCUGCCCUCCUCGCCAGCAGCUGCAGCAGCAGCAGCCGGAUCCAGCGUCGGCGCCGCUGCAGUGGCAACUUCCAGACCAGUGCAAAUGGUGACGGCGGCGGCGGCGGCGACAGAACAACGUCUUGAGCAGCAGCAACAGCAACACCUCGCCAAGGCGCUGGAAUCGCAGCAGCUGCUACUGCUGCACCUCCGCCGGCGCUCCGCUGCAUCAUCGGCGGCGCAUGCUGCUGGGGUCUCCAAGCCGACAACACGGCCGGCGGCGGCCGCGGCGUUACGCCGUUCACGGUUAACAUGGCGACGAACUACGAUGACAGCGACGGCGACAGCGAAUGAGAGUUCUGAAACGGCUACAAAUUUGACAGCAGGGCCUGAUGCGAAGGGCGGAAGUGCCGGGAACGCUGUGUCUGUCGUACUUCAGGCGCCACAGCAACCGCAGCUGAUGCUUCGGCGAGUCGGCCUUACACGGCUGCGGCUGCUGCCCAACCCUGCUGCGACGGCAGCGGCGGAUACGGCUGCGGUGUCGCCGGCUGCUAACGUAGCUCGCUUACGUCUUCUAGCGGCGGCUCGUGCUGCUGGUCAGUCGCACCACCCGUCUGCAGCAGCACCCACAGCGGCGGCGACAGCGUUGAAGUCGCCGACGCGAAACCAGACCGUUGCGGCGGCGGCGUUACGUCGCCGCGGCGGCGGUGGUGGCCGGUCGUUGCAACUGGUAACCGUCAACGGUCAGCAGUACUAUGCCGUCGGAAGCCGCGGCGGCGGAAGCGGUGCCGCCGCUGGCGGCAAUGCUGCCGGCGGCGGAAGCAGCAGGGAGGGAGUACGGCAGCUACAGUCUUUGAGCAGCGUCGCGGGCAAGGCAGCCGCGGCGGCGGCGGCCGCUCUGGCGAAGCGGCGUGCCAUCGCGGCGAAGCCUCGGAGGGCGUCAAUCGCCUCACGUGCCGUACAACUGGCCGUGUGGCGCCGUCGUGGCUUAGACCCAACCAGCCCCACUACUGCCGCUGCUGCUGCUGCUGCCGCCGUCGGUGUACGUCGUUUGGGUACUGUUGCGGCGUCAACCUGCACAUCGUAUAAUCCCUUGGUUCCCAAGACGACGGCUAGCGGCGCCGGUCGCGUGCUGGGCACCAGCGCCGGCGCCGCCGCCAGAGCGACAGCGGCUCAACGCAUCCUGGCCAAGGCUCGCAUGCGGCGUGCGGCGGCACGCGCCACACAGGCCCGCGGCUACUGCCCCGAUUACUGCAGGACCGGCAUCUGCCCUCACUCUCGCGACGCCAACGCCGCCCCUUCCUCCUCCUCCGGCCCCAACGCCGGCAACGAUAAGCCCCCCAGCAGCACAAACGACAACACCAACGGCAAUCACGGCAGCACCGCAAACGGUAACACUGCUGCCAACACCAACAACGGCACUAGCGGCAGUAACGUCAGCGGCAGCGGAGGUGCCGCCGCCGCUGCAGCAGGCAGCAGCCGCCCAGCGCCGCCCCAGCGCUGCCCCUACACGCACGACCCGUCCAAGGUGGCGGUGUGCGGCCGCUGGCUGGCGGGCGGCUGCUGCGACCCGGCCUGUCCGCUGCAGCACCGCCGGCUGCCGGACCUCAUGCCGCUGUGCAGCUACUUCCUGCAGGGCAAGUGCACUGCCGACAGCUGCCCCUACCUACACAAGACCCCGGCCCCCUCCGCGCCCGUCUGCCGCGCCUUCCUGUCCGGCCACUGCCCCCGCGGAGCCGCCUGCCCCCACCUGCACCUAACGUCCAAGAUGGCGCGCGAGCGGGCGAGGCUCCUGGGCAGCACUGCAGCAGCAGCAGCAGCAGCGGCGGCGGCGGCAGGUCAGCGGCCUCGUGGGGGGCGCCGAGCAGGUCUGGGUGUCCCGGGUGAUGGCACCGCUGACGGCGCCGCUGCUGCUGCAACAUGGAGGAGGCCUGCUGCCAAGCGACAUCUGUCGGAGGCAGCAGCAGCUGCAGCUGCUGCUGCGGAUGCUGCCGGUGACGCAGCGGGGGCAGCAGCAGCAGCAGGGCUGUCGCAGUCAUCUCCGCCCAGACGGCGCCGUCGUGGCGGCUUUCGCUACUUUGACAGCUUGCCUGAUGAAGUGGAGCUGGGCCACCAGCAGCAGCAGCAGCAGCAGCUCGUGUUGCCUCGGCCUGGGGGCAUUGCUGCUGGUGCUGCGGCGGCGGCGGCGGCGACCGGAAGUGCGGAGGAGCAGCCUGCAAGGGACGCCUCGGCCGGAGGAUGUGAGGCUGACGGGCGCGGCAGUGGAGCAGCGGCGGGUGGACUGAGAGGCCGGCUGCAGCGGCCGCAGCAGCAGGACGAACCUGCUGGGGGCUUCAUGGAUUUCAUCACCGCCGGGGGUGACUGGGGGGGCAGAAGCGGG